UCAUAACAAUUGUCUAUGGUUAGGCUACACCGAAGAUAAUAUCUUGCGCAAGAGUGAGAAGACGCCAUGCAAACCCCAUGCCCCCACCCCUGUCAUGAGCAGCAAUCGAAGGCGGUUCUCGAGUGGCGAAGCCGGUUUCUAUUUUGUUCAUGGGUAGACUUGUCGCAGUUUGACUAGGGAACUCAUGUUGUCAGACAACUGUCUGACACUGAAUUCUAAGGCGAGAACGCGGUAAAAUAUUGACAAAAUGAUUAUCAAGUUUUUGUGUGCGGUGAUCACAAGGUCACUUUUUAUUUUGGUAUCUCUAAUCGGAGUUUGGAGAGUGACUUAUGUGAAAGAGAACAACAACUAUUGGCUUCUCACUAUUUUAUAUCUCCCACUUGUUGCUGAAAUGAUUAUGACUUUAAAAAGAAGAAAAGGCAGUGACUACAAAUGGUUUUCUCCAGCUAUUUUGCUGUUUCUUAUCAGCAUCAUCCCAACUAUUUGGAUUUUAGAGUUACAUCACCAAAACACCAAAUCAGAUGAAGCGUCGUGCACCAGCCUGGAUUCUGCAGAGAGCUUCAACAAAGCGUUAAACUUGACCUUGGUCCAACCGGCCAAUGAGACUGCAGUGGACCCACUCCAGAGUACGUUGCAGUUUGCGGCCCAGGUGUGCUCCAACGACUGGAUCCUGGCGCUGCACCAGAUCCUGCUGAUCCUGCUGAUCGUGGGGAAGUGGCUGAUGCCCAUCGGGGGCGGCUUCACCCGGGACCAGCUCUCCCAGCUGCUGCUGGUCUUUGUGGGCACCGCCGCAGACAUCCUGGAGUUCACCAGCGAGACGCUGUCAGACAUCAAGAAUAAUAACUUCGCUCUGGUUUACAUCAUCUUGGCUGUGUGGACCUGGACUAUGCUGCAGUUCCCCCUCCAUCUAUCAGUGAUGUCGUCGGACGCGGACGACCUGGAGGGCCAGGGUGGGGGCUCCUCUUUCCUGUCAAAGCACCAGGCGGACAUCUGGCAGAUCGUGGAGACACUCUUCAUCCAGGACGGGCCCUUCCUGCUGGUGCGCCUGGUGGUCAUGUUCCACUUCCGCAUCGUGCACCAGAUGCUCAUCUUCUUCGCCAUCAAGAACUUCCUGGUGGUGGUGCUCAACAUCUACCGCCUGAUGGUGCUCGUCCAGGACUUCAAGUCAGGGCUCUAAAUUAUUCAAUUUAAUUUAAAGCAGGGCUCUAAAUUAACACCAGCCAAGUGACCAAAUGCCUGUAAAAUUUCAGUUUGGCUGGUAGAAAAGACCAACUUAUCUGGUCACUUUGAUCCAUUAGUGAAUGUGUGUUUGGCUAGUGAGAUUAAUAUCUGCUAGCCAUGUUGGCUGGGGAUGGAAAGGGUUAAUUUGGAGCCCUGCGUGUGAACGUGGGUAGUCUCUUGCAUACAGCACCUACUGUAUAUGCACAUGCAUUACAUCACAUGUAGCAGACGAACUGUGGCCCUUGAAGGUAUUCCAAAUGUGCCUUGAAAUCAUUUCAAAAUAGUGUGUGUGUGUGUGUGUGUGUGUGUGUGUGUGUGUGUGUGUGUGUGUGUGUGUGUGUGUGUGUGUGUGUGUGUAUGUGUGUGUGUGUGUGUGUGAGUGUGUGUGUGUGUGUGUGUGUGUGUGUGUGUGUGUGUGUGUGUGUGUGCGUGCGUGCGUCUUUGUGUGUCUUUGUGUGUGUGUGUGUGUCUUUGUGUGUGUGUGUGUGUGUGUGUGUCUUUGUGUGUGUGUUUCUGUGGACUAUUUGAGUUGUACUAUUUGUUGGGUCAGAGGUUGGCCCCGAACAUCUUUGAAAAUUUCAAUUGGGCCCAGUUGGGAAAGGUUGGAAACCCCUGACAGAAAAAAAUAGGCCUAUAUAAGUUCCACAUUGACCAUUUCGCUUUAACGUUACUCACAAUCUUUUUGGCUUAGAAGGUGCAAAAUGGUCAGUGUACCGGAGUUCUACAUUUUUUUCUAAUAAAGCAACCUAUGGCUCAUCAUCAACACGCCUGCCAGCUGAGGUGUACUAAAAAAUCACAAGAUGUCCAUAACGACUAAGAAAAGAGGAUAUCAACAGCUUCCCAGACAUAACCAUCAUACUAUCACACACAUCCAUCAUGAUGCAUCCAGGACUUCAAGCUGACCAAGUGUCUCUCACAUACAUACUCGCCCAUAUUACAUUACUUUACAUUAUAUUUGACAGAUGCCUUUAUCCAAAAUGACUUACAAACUAGGACAUGAAUAGCAUACAGGACAUAAGAGUCAUACAAACACACAGAUUCAACAUGACACACGCAGGACUUAUAAUCAACCUGGUCAGAGUCUCUUUCUAUUUUGCAUCUCCCCCUCACACGCACACAUACACUUCCACUAAAUCUGGACCCGCUCCUUAUUUCUGUGACGCUGCACAGAAUUCUGUGACUAAGUGUGCCUGGUCAUCUCAUGCAAUUCAAAUUACAUUGUGUUUCAGAGUCAUGAAACAUUUCCGAUGGCUCAAUGGGGCAGGCUUCAGGCUAAAACACACUAGUUCUGCCAUUAUUCAGACCAAUGCUCACAGAGCUUAGUAGUCGUGAUAGCCAGACUAUCUUUCACCUGAUCUUUCACACGCACACACACCCCCACACAGAUCUGCACUUCCAUUGGCUGUGACACAUGCAGGAAGUCUGCGGCAGCGUAGUCGGUUAGCACGCGUCCAGGAACGCAAACUGUGUGAUAAGGUCUGUCGCGUGCAUUUUUGGAGACUUCGCAGGAAUAAACACUUGGUUUCACUGAGCUUUAGAGUUGUAAAUAUUUGUAGAUGACCUGGGUCAGUUAAGGGCAAUAGGGUUAAUUAGGGGAAGAUGGCAUCGGAUUAAAGUGUCUUUGAACCACAAAUGCGCCCUACCUAAGGCUGUUGACAGCCUCCAGGAUGCAAAUAUGCUGGAUUUAAUGUUAAAUAUUCUACUAGUGCAUUGUAGAUAUGCUUUAUUCUACUGUUAUUGUAUAAAAUCCACAACUUCUAUUAGAAAUGUGAAAUUUGAUAAGCAGUUUCACAGGAGUACGGAAUUUAAUUUUUGUAUGUAUCUGAAUGCCUCAGAUUUAUUUGCACUUGUCAUGACAGAAGUUGUAAAGGCAAAGAAGUUGGCGACACCACAUAUACUGUAAUAGUAGUAUGGCAAUUAUACUGUAAUCACUAAUGGUGCUAUAAGUACUUUAUAAAUGUAGUAUUUUUUCUUUUUGUAUGUGAAUAAUAAUACUGCUUUGCUUUGCCAAAUCACAGCAAAGACUGCUUUUCCAUGCUUGUCACAUGAAAAAAUAAAAACAUUUUUCUAACCAUUUCGGCAGGAAUGCUGUGAAAUGUGAAAGCGGGUGUUCCAUUUUGAAAUGUGAAAGCAGCGUUCCUUUUGCUUGUGUGUGUCUGUGUGUGUGUGUGUGUGUGAGUGUGAGUGUGAGUGUAUGUGUGUGAAUGUGUUCAUUUUUAUAAACUAUGCUCAGUGCAGCCACACAGCUGUUGUGAAAAGUACAAACCGCCUGCAGCCUUUAACAUGAUGAGUCUUGUGUUUCCUGGUUAAAAGAGCUUGGCAUCGAUCCACUUGAGCUCUUGGUGGAACGUCAGACCAGAUUAGGUUGAACACUUUUUUUUUGUUUUCUGGUGUGUCAAGAUAAACACCACAGAGUGUCUUGCUUGUGUUUGAGGGUGAGAGCAUACUGAUGGCCAUAUAAUGCAGUUGGGGAAGCAGGCACAUCUCAUUGGCAAUCAGAAUCUAGUGGAACAGUAAUUGAUUUUUUAUUUUUGAAGGUACACUGUUUAGGAUAUUGGCCAGAGUAGAUAUUGCAACUAUGCUGCUCAUUGAAACUGUGCUGCCUAUAGCCAAAUUUGAUCCUUUCACGAAUAUUUACUAAAUAAAGAACUAAUAUUUACUAGUAUGGUCAAAUUACAGUAAGUUUUGCUGCUAAAAGUGCAGUCAUAAGUGCAGUUUUCCCAGUCAUAAUGAAUUGCAUGGUGUUGGUAAGUAUUCGUGGGAAAAAAACAAUUUGAAUGGGCAGCAUGAAUACUAAACAAUAUUACACAGUGCACCUUUAGACGUUUCAUUUUAAAAUAUUUAAUUAGACUUUUCUCACUCUCCUUUUUAUGUUGACAGCUUAAUGUCUAUGCAGCAUGUAACAUUCGAGUUCAUCAUGAACAUUUGAGUUGCCAUAUCACAAACUUCAUCCUUUCUCUUUUUUGCCAUGGACAUUUAACACAACGAUCAACUUCAAGCUGUCUUUUGGCUUUAACACUUACAAACAUCAUACUGAAUGUUCAUAAAGGACCAGGGAUGUCACAUGUCCAUAUUCAUCUGCCAUCUUGAAUGAACCAAAGAGUAUGCAACCUAGUUUCGAAUCUCUUGUAUUUCCACCUUAUGCCAUGGUAAACUCACAAUAGCUAUGGAUGCUGUCAGUUGAAGGCAAAAAGUCCCAAUUAUUAAUAUCAAGCAUGGUAGAAAGUAUAUUCAGAAGAAUUACUGCAUG